AUGGACUUCCUCAAAUCGGCUGUCGCAUCAGCCAUCGCAAAGGGGCCUGCAUUCCCCUAUACCUUUGGCGACAAGGUCGAUUUCGACCCCUCCAUCUGGACCCUUUACAACGGAACUCGACGCGAGGACGGGUCCAACUGCAGCAUCUUCUCCUUUGAGAUUUCUUCCAACCGAUCCGCGCUGCCCCUAGCCAAGAAUGCGCUCAAGAAGCUCCGAACACUACGACAUCCCGGCGUCAUCAAGGUCUUGGAUACGGUUGAGACAGACUCCUACAUCUACAUUGCCACGGAGCGGCUAGUUCCCCUAAGCUGGCACGUCAAGAGGAAGAGCCUCAGUCCCGAGACCGCAAAAUGGGGCCUAUACAGCGUUGCGAAAACCCUCAAAUUCAUCAACAGUGACGCAUCCUCGAUACACGGCAAUCUCAAGGUCGCCUCGAUAUACACAUCCGAAAGCGGCGAGUGGAAGCUUGGUGGCUUUGAAGUCCUUAGCAAUGUCAAGGACGACGAUGCCUUGAUAUACAGAUACGGCAGUGCUGUGCCAGACUCAGGGAGAUACACUCCUCCAGAACUCGCAAACGGGGGGUGGGAUGCCAUCAAGAAGAGCCCCCACCAUGCGGUCGAUUCGUAUGAUUACGGCAUCUUGAUUUACGAGGUCUUCAACGGCAGUUUUCUGGGGUCAGACCAACUAGCACAGACUAAGAGCAUCCCGCCUAGCAUGCAGGCCAGCUAUAAGCGGCUCAUCAACGCCAAUCCCAAAGCAAGACUCAGUGCUGCCCACUUCCUCGAACAAGGACUACGGACUGGAUCCUUUUUCGACAGCCCAUUAAUCAAGCUUACAGAGGGAGUUGACAACUUGGGAGUGAAGUCGGAAACCGAACGCGAGGCCUUCCUGGAGGAUCUCGACCAACUUUCAGACGACUUUCCUGAAGAUUUCUUCAAGAUGAAGGUCCUACCGGAGCUACUCAAGUCUGUAGAAUUUGGUGGCGGUGGUCCUAAGGCCUUUGGCGUAGUGAUGAAGAUUGCUACAAAGCUAUCGAACGAGGACUUUGACACAAAGGUUACUCCUGUCGUAGUUCGCUUAUUCGGAAACCCCGACAGAGCGAUCAGGGUGUGUUUGCUGGACAAUCUGUCGCUCAUGAUCGACAGGCUACCGCAGAAAGUGGUGAACGACAAGAUCUUUCCGCAAAUAGUUGCGGGUUUCACCGAUCUCGCACCUAUUGUGCGCGAGCAAACCCUCAAAUCCGUACUAGUCAUCAUCACCAAACUGUCAGACCGUACCAUCAAUGGCGACCUGCUAAGAUACCUCGCCAAAACCGCCAACGAUGAACAACCAGGCAUUCGUACCAACACCACAAUCUGCCUCGGCAAGAUCGCCAAGUACCUGGGAACAUCCAACAGAGCCAAGGUCCUCAUCGCCGCCUUCACCCGCUCUCUUCGCGACCCCUUUGUACACGCCCGCAAUGCCUCCCUGAUGGCUCUCGCCGUCACAGUCGAAUACUUCUCCGAUGAGGACUGCGCCGCCCGCCUAAUACCCGCCGUCUCCCCCCUCCUCAUCGACAAGGAGAAGCUCAUCCGGGACCAAGCCAAUAAGACCAUCGACGUCUACCUCCAACGCAUCCGCAAAGCCCAACAAGACAUGCCCGAAACUGUAAUACCCCCCGAAACUGCCCAGCCGCGGAUGAGCACCCCUCAACCAGCCGAAGCCGCAGCCGCUUCCAACUCCGCUGGUUCCGGCGCCGUGGCCGCCGCCUGGGCGGGCUGGGCCAUCUCCAGCUUCACCAACAAGCUCUCCAGCGCGGCAGGUGAAAUGCAACCUAGCGGCGCACCCUCGCCCAUUCCUACCGCUAGCGGACUAUCCACGCCCACCUCUACCACCACGCCCAAGCGACCCACCUCGUCUUCUGCUUCGGCACUACACAGACAAGCCCUCAAGUCCCCACCACCGCCCACUACUCCAUCAAUGGGCGACUCCUUCUUCGCCGACCCCGAACCGCAAGAAGACGACGCAGACGCAUGGGGAGAUAUGGGCGAUAUGGACGACGACACCGCAGCAGGAGCCGGUGAUGAUAACUGGGGCGCUAGCUCCGAGACUCUUUCUCGGCCAUCGACAUCAGCCAACAAGAGGUCGGUAAGCAGUAGUAGCAAACCUGCAGCACCCUUCGGCGGAGAUGAUGAUGAACCGGAUUUUGCGGGGUGGUUGGCGGCGCAGGCGGAGAAGAAGAAGAAUCCCUUGACCGGUGGUGCAGCGAAGACUCUACCUAAAGGGCUGGCCAAAACGGGGACGACAGGGACGGCGAAGGUCGGGCCAAGUACGACGGUGGUGAAGAAGACGUUGCCUAUUAGUAAGAAGCAGGCGCCUGUCAAGAAGAUUGAUACGAAGCCGAAGGCCGAUGUGGAUGGGGACGAUGGGUGGGGUGAUGGGUGGUAA